GGCGCUAGGGCGGCCGAUAAGGCUGUGGCCAUGGUGAUGAAGGAGAUUCCGAGGGAGGAGUCUGCAGAAGAAAAGCCCCUCCUCACUGUGGCAUCCCAGCUGGUGAAUGAGCAACAGGAGAGCAGACCCCUCCUGAGCCCCUCCAUUGAUGACUUUCUCUGUGAAACUAAGCCAGAAGCUGUUGCAAGGCCUGUAACAUCGAAUACUGCAGUAUUAUCAACAGGUCUGGAUCUCUUGGAUCUUAGUGAACCUGUCUUACAAACCCAAAAUAAAGCAAAGAAAUCAGAGAAUCCUUCAAGAAGUGAAGGCUUAAAAGCUUCAACCCACAGAAAGAAGACAGAGAAUCCUGACCUGAUCAGUGUGGAUUCUGAGCAGAAAGUCCAGGCUGCCAGAGUUGCAGACAAGUCUUCUCUAGAUUUAGUUGAUAUUCAGACACAGAUAGAGAAAUGGGAUGAUGUCAGUUUUCAUGGAGACAGGAGUAGCAAGGUUCACCCUUCUGCAGAGCGAACAUCAUCAUCAUCCAGAGCUCCAUCAAAAGAGAUUUUAUGGUCCACAGAAAACAGAUCACAGUCUGAGCUGAAUAAUGUCAAGAGUGCCUUGGACUCUGAUUCAGCAUCAGAAUUAGAACUUGCACCUGCAAUACAGGCACGGCCAAGUAAGGAGCAGCGUUGGGGAACACCUCUUCUCUCCAGAAAUCACUCCUUGGAGGAGGAAUUUGAAAGAGCAAAGGCAGCUGUUGAGUCUGACACAGAGUUUUGGGAUAAAAUGCAAGCAGAAUGGGAAGAAAUGGCUCGCAGAAACUGGAUUUCAGAAAACCAGGAAGCACCAGGGCAAGUCACCAUCUCAACCAUCGAGAAGGGUUAUUAUUUCCACACUGACAAUCCCUUCAAAGACUGGCCUGGUGCUUUUGAGGAAGGACUGAAGAAAAUGAAAGAAGGUGACCUGCCUGUUACAAUCUUAUACCUGGAGGCUGCAAUUCUCCAGGAGCCCAACGAUGCCGAGGCCUGGCAGUUCCUGGGUAUAACACAGGCAGAAAAUGAAAAUGAGCAGGCAGCCAUCGUGGCCCUUCAAAGGUGCUUGGAACUGCAGCCAAACAACCUGAAAGCCCUGAUGGCCCUGGCUGUGAGUUACACCAACACUGGCCAUCAACAAGAAGCUUAUCAAUCCCUGAGGAACUGGAUAAAGCAAAAUCCAAAAUACAAGUAUAUAGUGAGAAGCAAAAAAGGGUCCCCAGCACUUACCAGGAGGAUGUCUAAGACAGCAGAUGAAAGCUCAUUACUUGAAGAAGUAAAGGAUUUGUACCUGGAGGCUGCUCACCAGAAUGGUGAUAUGAUAGACCCUGACCUACAGACAGGACUUGGGGUUCUUUUUCACCUGAAUGGAGAAUUUAACAGAGCAAUAGAUGCAUUUAGUGCUGCUUUAACUGUUCGACCAGAGGACUACACGUUAUGGAACCGCCUUGGGGCAACCUUGGCCAACGGGGAUCGCAGUGAGGAAGCUGUGGAGGCUUACACACGAGCUUUGGAAAUACAACCUGGCUUCAUCAGGUCCAGAUACAACCUGGGGAUAAGCUGCAUCAACCUAGGGGCAUACAGAGAGGCUGUCAGUAAUUUCCUCACUGCUCUCAGUUUGCAAAGAAAAAGCAGAAAUCAACAGCAGGUUCCCCACCCUGCUCUAUCAGGCAAUAUUUGGGCAGCACUUCGGAUUGCUCUGUCUAUGAUGGACCAGCCAGAACUAUUUCAAGCUGCCAAUGUGGGUGAUCUAGACAUUCUCUUAAGAGCUUUUAAUCUAGAGCCGUAAUAAAAAGGAUUCAAAAAUUGAUUAAAGUGUAA